AAGGAAAAUAAAAGAAAAUAAAGAAAUGAAACGAAGCGAAGCCAGAAAGGAAAGAAACUAAACGAAACGCCUUGCGCGGGAAAAGGGAAGAGGACGCUUCAGUCUUCACAAAUCGGAAUUGCAAAUUUGCAACUGAGAAAGGGAAAAAGAGAGUAAGAAAUGGACAACGAACAAGAUAACAAGGCUCUGAAAUUCCGAACGGCGUCACUGAGUCGCUGUACCAAAGCAGCUUUGUUCCUCCACCGCCUGAACUCACUUCGCGCCGUUAACAACGGAGAAGAAGAACACGAGAAGUUGAAGAAGGAGAUGCAUGAUCUGAAGAUGGAAUUGGUGAAGGAACGUCGGAAGAAUAAGAAGAUGAAGCUCUGCUCGUUCAUGGAGCUGCUUCUUCAGGUUCUCUUGUUACUUUCGCUUUGGACCUUCUUCUUGGCGUUCUUCCUCAGAGGUCCGUGAACGAUGCUAUGGAUCUCGAUCGAAACGCAGCGUGUAGGUCAUGUUAUGGUUUGUAUCGCAGUUGUUAAUUUGACUUUCUAGAUGCUUCUUCUGUGUUGUGUGGGAGCUCUUCGUUUUUAAAUUGGCCUGUGCCGUUGCCUCUCGUAACAAUUGAGUUCUCUGUUCAUGUAAUUGAAUGGCUCAAGGUUCCUGGUUU